AUGGGGCAAGAUUCUGACUUUAAAUGGGGUGAAACAGCUAAAGUUCAGAGUAAAAACAAGGAUAUCCAGUUCUACCAGUCUUUCACUUUUCAUGGUGUUGAGUACUCCCUGUAUGAUUGUGUAUACCUUUACCAGACUGGCGCUUUAGAAACAUAUAUUGGUAAAAUUAUCAGAAUAUGUUCCACAAAGAAGGUUAAGGUUGUGUGGUUAUUUCGGCCAGCUGAAAUAUGCGACUUUUUGGGUGAUUAUGAUCCGCAGUGGAAUGAGAUAUUCUUAGCUUCUGGCAAAGGUACAGGCGUCUCCAAUGUGAAUCCUCUGGAAGCAAUUGUUGGAAAGUGUAAUGUCGUCUGCCUUUCAAAGAAUCCGAGAAAUCCUCGACCCUCUGAAGAAGAGUUGAGAAUGGCCAACUAUAUUUUCCGUCGUACUUUUGAUGUUGACACGCACAAAAUAUUACCGAAGUUUCCGGAUCAAAUAUGUGGGAUUAAAGUGGAGGAAUAUUUUAACAGGCCAAAACAGCAAAGCCGCAGCAGGAUUCCCAGAGACCAAGCUGGACCAUCAAACGUGUCUUCUAAUUCUCAUUUAAAAAAUGUGGUGGCAUAUUCUGUUAAGAAUGGAAAGCCUAGUGGCAAAUCAACUCCUAUAGUGAAAGAAUCGAAGAAUUGGGCUCUUCCCGAAAUGAGAGACCAAGCUGGACCAUCAAAUGUGCCUUCUACUUCACAACAGGACAAAGUGGUGUCAUGUCCAGUCAUGAAUGUUAAAAAAAAUGCAGUAGACCCUCUUCUACCACCUGCGAGCCCACCAGAUACUCAUCCUCAUAAGAAGAUGAAAACUGCAGAUAGUAGACUGCCGGAGAUUGAUAGGAGUGGUUGGUUCAAGACAGGAUUGUGGGAGGAAAGAUUGCGGGCAGCUGAAGGUAAUGGCACCUUGGUCCUGCUACACAAUUUAGAUCCAUCUACUGCUUCCUCUGAAGUACAGCAUCUAGUUUGGACUGCAUUCAAGCUGAAGGUUGAUGCCAAAAUGAUAGCAUGCACUCCUUUUUCUAAUCCACGCUAUGGGAAGGCUUUUGUCAUAUUCAAGUCAUCAGAUGAUGCUAAGUCUGCUAUAUUUCAAUUAAAUAGGAGAUGCCUUCUGGCGGAUGGGAGACCUCUCAUUGGUACCAUCUGCAAAGGGGCUCUAAAAGACCAAGACAAAACAUCCAGGUUUUUUGGACAUCUCACAAUUGACAAACAUCGGUUUAAAAGCCAACGUGAAGAGAUGAGAAAGGCAGUAUCGACAUCGCACUUUGCUCAGCCCAAUACAGUUGAGUAUGAUAUGGCAAUGGACUGGUGUUUAUUGCAGGCAAAGUCAGAUUUGUGGUGGAAGGCUUUAUAUCAGGACCAUGAGGAAAAAGAGAAAGAGAUAAAGAAGUUGGGAGAGAGCAAAAGGUCAAGAAGUUUAAUCAACUAACAUUGUGGUUCAUAGAUUAAUUUGGAGAAAUUUUUUUGUUUGCUGUGGAUACAAAUUUACAGUAGAGUGAGAUAGGGGUGUCCCAAAAAUUGGACAGCAUACAUGGUAUUGCCCACCUCUAGCUAGAGGUGUGUUUUGUAAAUUCCUAAGAAUGGAAACCUCACUUUGAUGUAAUCUCCUCAUCUGCUCAUCUCUAGUUUUGUUACCUUGGAAAGAAAUAUCAGGAUCAAGUCUGUCAGAUAACAUUUCUUUUUCUGGGAAAUUUGUAAACCCAGAAUUGAUCAGAUCCCUCGUAUAUGCUAAUUUAGGAAGUAAUACAAGUUGACAAUCAUGAUCCCAUCAAUAAUUACUAUUUCAUCGUUCGUU